AUUGCUACAUUGAUUUUGGUAGUCAGUGUACCAUGUUGCGAGAAUCUUAUGCGAAGAAUUUAGUCAGUACAUGGUCAAAAUCUGAUUUGCCUGUUAUAAGAGGAUUCGGAAAUAGUAUAGUAGAUUGUAUAGGCAAAUGUAUUCUUGAACUUAAAAUAGAUUCAGUCAAAGCUUCCGUAGAGGUGCUCAUCAUUCCGGAUCAUUUAUUGCAAGUUCCGUUAUUAGUAGGACAGACAUUCACAGAGCAGGAACACAUAGUUAUUUACAAAACAAAUAGUAAAUUGAUAAUAUCUCAUAUCCCAACCACCGGCAUUCACUUGUAUGUUAGUAAGUCAGUAACCGUAAAAGGGCUAACCAUACUGGAAGUUUACUCUAAACCAGAUUACACAGGAGAUGUAUUUUGUGAACCAAGUCUUUGCCAAGAUCCCCUGAAACCUUACGAAAUUACUCAGAGUUUAAUUCACCUAGCUGAUAGUCAUGGUUACAUCGUUAUAAAGGGACUUAGCCGCGAAUUUGUCUUAAGUAAGGACUCAUUGUUACUUCGCGCAUUGCCGUUGAAUGAGUUGAGAUUAGAGUCUUUAAAUGUUAAAAAGAUCGAACAUUGUCCGGAUAAUAGUAAUAUAACCCGAAUCGAAGUAGAAGCUAUACAAGUUGAUCCCUCUAUAGGUUCCGAAAACAUACUCAAGUUAACUGAGAUGUUGAAUAAUUUUAGAGAUUGUUUUGCCUUUUCAAGUAAAGAAUUAGGAUGCAUAACUGGUACGGAAAUGAAUAUUAGGCUCAAUAAUACUACACCUGUAGUUUACAGGCCCUAUAGGUUGUCUCAUUCAGAGCGUCAAGUAGUUCGCGAUAUCGUGCAAGAAUUAGAGGAUUCUGACAUAAUUAGGGAAUCAUCUUCGGAUUACGCUUCACCGAUUGUUCUCGUUCGAAAGAAAUCUGGUGACCAUAGGCUCUGUAUUGACUUUAGGGCUCUCAAUAAAAUAACAAUAAAGGAACAUUACCCGCUUCCGCGAAUAGAUGAUCAAUUAGAUAAUCUCUCGGGCUACAAAUAUUACACUUCCUUGGACCUCGCCUCUGGAUAUUAUCAAAUCCCAUUGGCUGAACCAUCAAAACGUUAUACAGCAUUCGUAACGCCUGAUGGACAUUACGAGUUCAACCGCAUGCCGUUUGGACUCGUUAAUGCCCCGUCCACUUUUCAAAGAACGAUUAACAAUAUUCUAGGGAAUGCGAGGUUCAAAGAGGCCUUCGCGUAUAUGGAUGAUUUACAUACAGACGCUUCUAAGAUCGGUGUUGCUGGAAUAGUAUUGCAAAGAUCGAAUAAAGAAUCCCCAUUUAGUGCGGUAGCGUACUACAGUAGACAGACCUCUCCCGAAGAGUCUAAACUUACCUCCUAUGAUUUAGAAACUUUAGCGGUAGUGACCUCGCUACAGCGCUUCAGGGAAGACUGA